ACACACACACAACCCUCUCUCUCUCUUACAUCCACUUCCGUACCUGUCGCCUUCUAUUUAAUCGCAUUUAAUCCACGCGUUUCGCGUCCGACAUUGCGUCGGUGAUGUCACCACAAUCUUCUUCUUCUUAGACUCAAAAGUCUCUUUAACAGCGAAACAAGCUUCAGCCUCUUUUUUUUUUCUCACAAGCUUCAGCCUUCCGGCGAAAAAAAGCUCCGGCGUGAAAGCUCGCACCUUUGUAACUGGUCCACCGAAUAUCUGGCUAGUUCUUUUCACGGGCCGUUGAAAAUGAAUCGGAAUAGAAGAAGAAACGUUCAGCAGAGAGGAUGUUUGGGUCGGAUGGUAAACCUAUUCGACUUCGGAACAGUUAAUACCGGGAAGAAGUUUCUCACCGAUAAACCCUACUUUGACCAUGGGUCUAUAAAGAGGAAUCAACUUGAGCUGAUAGAAGAUAAAAUUGAUAUAAUUGGAACACCAAUGAAGAAGCUUUUAGAAGAGGAGAUGUCAAAAGAACUUGAACUGACGGUCGGUGGUGGUGGUGGUUCGACAAAUUUGGUUGCCAAGUUAAUGGGUCUUGAUUCCUCCUUUCCACAUGGUAACAACAACAGCUCGAAACCUCGGCUAAAGAGGUCGUUAAGCCACGGAGAGUGUAGAGAAGAUGUCUAUGAGGUUUGGGAGAAACCAGGAGGUGUGGAGGGUUUAAGCAAUAAGAAUAAGAAGAAGGACAUUGUCCGUGAGAAGUUCUUGGAGGCCAAACGCUUGGUUACAGACGAGAAGCUUCGGUCUUCCAAGGAGUUUCAAGAAGCUAUGGAAGUGUUGAGUUCAAACAAAGAGCUGUUCCUCGAGUUUCUGCAGGACUUCUCUCAUCAUCGUCUCCAUAGUUUCCCUGAGAAGUCAAACCGGAUGAUCACUAUUCUCAAGCCUUCAAAGCCCAUUGAUGAAGAAGAAGAAGCAGCCGUUGAAUCAUCAUCCGGAGAGGGAGCUAAGAAGAAGCAAUCAACUAGAAUAGUUGUUCUGAAACCUACUGGCCUUGUCACAAAGACUUCAUCAUCAUGUCCAACGUCGCCGAGAGGUUUACUUGAGGCAAAAGAUGUGGUUAGGAGGAGAGUGAAUGAAACUUCACAUUCUUCUGUCUUCUCCAACGGAUAUACAGUUGAUGAUAGUUAUGAUGCAGAUUCUGAAAUCAUGUCUCCGGUCUCUAGGCAUUCAUGGGACUAUAUCAACAAGUAUGAUAGUCCUUUUUCUUCUCCUUCUUCCCCUUUUAGUGGUUCUCCAGAGUCUUCAUCAGUCUGCAGAGAGGCCAAGAAACGGCUCUCGGAGAGAUGGGCACUGAUGGCGGCAGCAGCUGCAUCAAAUGAGAAUUUGCAAGAGGCCAAAGUCGUUGAGAAGAAGAGAGGUGGUUACAUUUCUUUAGGUGAUAUGCUUGCACUUCCUGAUUCAAUGACAGUAGAAACAAAUGAUCCUGGAGUGUCUGCAUCUUGCUUGCCUGGCAGUUUCAGUAGAGAGGAAGAAGGCAGUUUCAAAGGCCUUAUGAGGUCAAAAUCUCUCCCUGCUGAAUCAUCAUCCACAAGUCUUGGUCUCAACAAGGGCAAGUCCAAAGUUGCUGGGGAGCUGACAAAAUCGAAGAGCUUGAAAUGGUCUCUGAAGGGUAAAGUCUCAAACUUUCUUUUCUCAAGGAACAAGAAAGCAAGUACUGAGAGAUCUAAUGAGGCAAGCUUGGAUUCUCGUUGUUGUAACGUUGAAUCAGUGUCUGCCAGAAGCAUGGUUUCUCAAGAGGCAGGAGUAUCAGCUUGCUUUCCAGUUUCAGUCUUGGAAACUUCUUCUGAUGAGGAUGAUGAAGUCUUUUUUAACUCCUCUGUUUGGAAUAGAUCAUCCUCUUCUCUUGAACCGGAGAUGAUGAUGCCCAACUUACUAGGAAAAUCUCCUUCCAUUGGUCGGGACUUCUCAUUUAACGACUCAACAACAGUAGCUCGGUGCUACUCAUCAAAACAGUCUACUACUGCGUCCACAAGAGACGAGGAAGAAGACUUGCGUCUCCUCAUCAACACACUCUUAUCAGCAGCUCAUCUCGAUGAAGAGCCACCAGAGUCAUCAUCUCCAUCGUCCAUCAUAGACAAUCUUUUGUCUAGAUGGCAUUCCGUAGAAAGCCCAUUAGACCCAUCUCUGAGAGAGAGCUACGCAGACUCCUCAACAGAACAUCAAAGACUGGGACCAAACGUGAAGAAGCUAGUGUUUGACCUCGUUAACACACUGCUCUUGGAGCUAACACCGAGCUAUCUUGGACGUGGUAGUCAUAUGCUUCUUCUUCUCUCUGGUAAGACAUUGAGGGUUUAUGUGAUGAACAGAAUGCAAGAAUGUUUAAAGGGUAACGGAAGAGUGGAGUGUCGGUGGUGGGAUGAAGACGGAGACUUGAGCAGUUUGGCGGUGAAUAGAGUGGUGAGGACUGAAGUGGCAGAGAUUGGUUCAAGGGAGAGGUUGAGAUUGGAAAUGGAAUGCAUGGGAGAAGAAGUAGAGUUGAAGUUGCUGGAGGAGUUAGUGGAGGAGGUGUUGAUGGAUUUUUCAGAACAAACCAAAUCAUUCAUUCCAAGUAUUUGUUAGUCAUGUGAAUGUAUAUUAUAUAUUUAUAUGGUCUUGUCGUGUGUAUAUGUUUGAAUCACAUUGUUUUUUUUCUGUGGUUUCUAUUUUGGCGUGAAUGGUAAUUGAAAGUAGUGCUUAUAUACUUA